UACUUGAGCUUGGACUUGUUGUGUUUUAGAUGUUUUUUCUUCCAACAAUCGAAUUGGGUUUAUGUUGCUGUUCGUAGAAACAAGGAAUUCCUCUGUUGCCAUUGAAUAAAUAAUUCAUCUUAGUGAGGACGGAGUUGCACAUUUAUCGGUGAAUUGACUCAUUGAUGGAAUCUAUGCUUUGGUUUCUGGUAUUUGAUGGUGCAUUUGAUUUAAAGGGUUCAGAGUAAGGAUGAUCAAACAAAUACUUAAUAGGCUCCCUCGUAAACCAUCUAAGUCGAGUGACAAUCGUGAGGGGGGAACAUUUACUUCCUCAUCGAAUGCUUCUACCAGUUCGAGGAACAGCAAUUUGGCAAGUAAUCGAUAUGAAAACUCGAGUGGUGCAUCGUUUUCUGGUUUUAAUUCUACUCCAAGUUCAGGGCUGAAUCAAGGGAAUAAGAUUUCUCAAGUGGUGAAUGCCAAGUUGAAUUGGAAUACUUUCGCUGCUUCCUUUGAGGCAUUGCCUAGUUUUAGAGAUGUUCCAAAUUCCGAGAAGCAGAACUUGUUUAUCAGAAAACUCAACAUGUGUUGCAUCAUGUUUGAUUUCACUGAUCCAAUGAAAAACAUCAAAGAGAAGGAUGUCAAGCGGCAAACUUUGCUAGAGCUUGUGGAUUAUGUUUCAUCUGCUAAUGGGAAAUUUUCGGAGAUUGUUAUGCUAGAAAUUGUUAAGAUGGUGUCUGUAAAUUUGUUUAGAACGCUUACUUCUCCACCACGUGAGAACAAGGUUUUAGAAGCCUUUGAUUUGGAAGAGGAGGAGCCUUCAAUGGAUUCCGCAUGGCCUCAUUUGCAAGUUGUUUAUGAGUUUCUUUUGAGGUUUGUGGCAUCACCCGAGACUGAUGCAAAACUGGCAAAGCGAUAUAUCGAUCACUCUUUUAUUCUAAGGUUGUUAGACCUUUUUGAUUCGGAGGACCCCAGAGAAAGGGAAUACCUGAAAACUGUGUUGCAUCGCAUCUAUGGGAAAUUUAUGGUCCAUCGUCCAUUCAUCAGAAAAGCAAUCAACAACAUCUUUUUCCGAUUUAUCUUUGAAACCGAAAAACACAAUGGAAUUGCGGAGCUAUUAGAAAUACUUGGUAGUAUAAUUAAUGGGUUUGCUUUGCCACUGAAAGAAGAACAUAAGCUCUUUCUUGUCCGUGCAUUAAUACCACUUCACAAACCAAAGUGCAUACCCAUUUACCAUCAGCAAUUGUCUUAUUGCAUUACUCAAUUUGUGGAGAAAGACUGCAAGCUUGCUGAUACUGUUAUUCGGGGCUUGCUAAAGUAUUGGCCAAUUACAAAUAGCUCGAAAGAAGUCAUGUUCUUGGGUGAACUGGAGGAAGUUUUAGAAGCCACACAACUUGCUGAGUUUCAACGCUGCAUGGUUCCCUUAUUCCGCCAGAUAGGCCGUUGCUUGAGUAGCUCGCAUUUUCAGGUGGCUGAGAGGUCUUUAUUCUUAUGGAACAAAGAUCAUAUCGAAAAUCUAAUAAAACAGAACCGGAACGUUAUACUUCGCAUUAUCUUCCCCUCCUUGGAAAAGAAUGCUAGAAACCACUGGAAUCAAGCAGUGCAGAGCUUGACGCUAAACGUCCGCAAGAUUUUCUCCGACACCGACCCUGAUCACUUUGAGGAAUGCUUGCAUAAGUUUGAAGAAGACAAAGCACGGGAAAGCGAGGUUAAAUCAAAACGUGAAGCCACAUGGAAACGAUUAGAAGAGAUUGCUGCGAUGAAAGCUGCAAGUAAUGAACCCGUGCUUGUCCCCCCUAAAGCAACUGCUCUCAAGCCAUCUUGCUAGGACAAAAAGAAUCUCCAUUUCAGCCCUCGAUGUUUCGUGUUGAGAUCUGUAUGCAAACCGUGGGUCGGUGGAUUGGGGACAAUGAAGCUGAUUUUUCUUUCAUAUAAAGUGUUCCACCUGAAAAUUUUGGUUUGCUUGGAUUCAUCAAGAUUGAUGCUUUUUAUGUGGGGUAAAUCUAAAGCCCCUUUUGCUCAUAUAUGCAUAUAUUUUGUAUAUAUAAUGGAUUUGGGGACAAUGAAAACAAAUGAGUUUGGUUUGUAAACCAUUCAUAAUCUUUAAAGGUGGAUUCCACUUAUUUGGAUC